UCAAUUAGCUUCUCGCGGAAAGAAUCGAAGAUUCGCUCAUCUCCUCCGAAAUCGUCUCUGAGUAGAUUCACGCAAUCGAACUCGUAUCCUCCCCGUUCGGAGCAAUCGCUUCGCGUUUAUCGUUGCGUCGGCGAUUUUGUUUCUGAUCGCGUUCGGUUCUUGAGUUUCAACAGUUGAAGUCCGAAUAGAUAUGCAACCAGAAGGGGGGAAAUCUAAAAUGUCACAUCCCGGGAAUACACCAAAAGCAUUUACUGGGGAAGAUGGAAGCCCGGAGAAGCAUCGUUCAGAUUCCCUCACCACAGGCAAGACUGGGCAGCUUGUUGAAGUGUAUCACAAAUGUGGAUCCGUGUCAAGGGGCCAGCUCCAGCAUGGUGCUGAUGGAAUAGUUCUAGAGAUGCCAUCUGCGCUAAUGUUACUAGCGAUAGGGGAGUUUGAGAGGAUUCCACCAACCAAGACGGUCAUUGUUCCUGCCGGUGAAAUCUCGAAAAUUGAAUAUGUCGAGAAGCACCGGUGGCGUAGGGGAGAGGAAGAGGAUCAGUUACUGUGUGCAUUGAGCAGCGCUUACAAUCAUAUGGACUUGAUUGCUCAUGAUGAUGGAAGCCCGGAGAAGCAUCGUUCAGAUUCCCUUACCACAGGCAAGACUGGGCAGCUUAUUGAAGUGUAUCACAAAUGUGGAUCCAUGUCAAGGGGCCAGCUCCAGCAUGGUGCUGAUGGAAUAGUUCUAGAGAUGCCAUUUGCGUAUCUGAAACGAGUGACAGGAGAGAUUGAGAGGAUUCCACCUAUCAAGACAGUGUUUGUUCCUACCGACGAAAUUUUGGAAGUUGUAUAUGUCGAGAAGCACCGGUGGCUUAUGGGAGGGGGUGAUUUACUGCCUGAAUUUGUAGACGCUGUGUUUUCCACUAGAGGGCUGGAUACCCGAAACCUUUAUGGUGCAAAGAUAAUCCCGAGUGUUCAAGACUACGAGCCGCGUGACUUAGGGAAUCUCGAGAUAGAGCAGAUGACCCUGGAGGCUCGGCAAUUCACAAAUGUAGCUAAUGACGUCCCGCUAGACAUUCCGACUCACAGAUAUGGCCCUGGUUCAUUUGAUAUACACGGGCUUCCAAAUCUAUAUCUUGGAACGGUAGUGGGACUAUUAGGGGGAAAAUCUACCGGAAAAACAACCUGUCUCAAGAUUUUGGCUGGGCAGCUGAAGCCAAAUCUUGGACGGUUUGAGGAUCCUCCGGAGUGGGAUGAAAUUAUUGACCACUUCGAUACCGAACACAUACGGACCUACCUGACCCGACUUCAGACAAACACACUUAAUGUGGCUCUGAAGUCACAAGACCUGACAGUCUAUAGGAGUUCUUUAACAGUCAGAACCUCUCUUGAAGAAUCCAAGGGGACUGGUUUUGAUUCGAUGGAGGAACUUAUCGAGGAUUUAGACAUGACCUCCAUGCUUGACACCUGUGUCACCGAUCUGUCUGACGCAGAGUUGCAAAGAUUUGCAAUUGCAUCCACAAUUGUACAGAUGGCAGAUGUUUAUCUCUUUGAUGAACCAACGAUCUUUCUAGAUGCGAGGCAAAAGUACCAAGUUGCACGGGUUAUUCUGUCGGUGGUCAAGCCUGAUAGAUAUGUUUGCAUAACAGAUAAUGAUAUGAGUGUGCUCGAUUUGGUCUGUGACCAUAUCUUAUACACUGGCGAGGAAACAACCUCUGGUGAAGUGCACUUAGAUCAUUAUCCUCUCACUCUUGAAGAGAUCAGUGAAGAGAUCGUGACUCCACCAACUUAUAGAUACCCAGAAACAGUAGUUAAAGGUUUUGGAACCUUCAGCCUUCACGUGAUGGGAGGAGACCUACGAAGCUCUGAAAUAACCGUAGUAUUGGGAAAUAUGCACACAGGGAAGACGUUGUUUCUGGAGUGGCUGAACCGUAUAAGUGUUGGACAAGAUUUCUCUCACAAAGAUCAGAAGAUGAUUAAAUGUGAGAAUAGGCAUGAUACAGUGGCAACACACUUGUAUAGGUUGAUUCGAUUUUCAUCACUGGACAGAGUAUUCCAGGAAUUGGUGCUGAAACCACUUGGCAUCGUAAAGAUUCUUGAUAAAAGGAUCAAGGAAGUGUCUCAAUCCACUUUGCAAAAGAUCGCCAUUGCUACAUGCUUGGGACAGGAGGGUGCACGUGUCUUUCUGCUAGAUGAACCAAGUAUUCAUCUAGACGCAAGGGAGAGGGUUAUAGCCGCCCAGACCAUAAAGCGGUUCAUCGCUUACUCAAGGAAAGCUGCUUUAGUAGUUGAACAGGACUUUAUGAUGGCCACUUAUUUGGCGGACCGUGUUAUCGUUGUUCAAGGAGAACCAGGAGUACAGAGUACCGUUAACUCUCCCGUCUUGAUGUCCAAUGGAGUUAACCAAUAUCUUUCGGACUUGAAUAUCACGUGUAGAACUAAUCGUUUCACGUCUUUAGCUCGGAUGAAUAAGCCAAGAUCCGUUGAAGACGAGGAGCAAAAAACCGGAGGACAUUUUUUUGAAGAUUUAGGAAGACCUGUGAAGAAUCUGGGAAGGGUAGAAGACUGAGCAUAGUGUGUGAUAAGAUGAUGAACUAUGAAGUUUUCUAGAUACGAAUCAAGAGUUUAAGUAGCAAGAACAAGUGACAUCAAAUUGUUUUGAAUUGGCUCUCUCCGUCUUUUGUUGUUAAUAAUACCGUUGCUCCCUUGUUUUAGGAUGUGUGAAACUUUGAUUUCUAAAUCUUUUUUUCUUAUCAGUCGAGUUGCUUUUGCC